GUUGGGCAAAAAAUCAAGCACCUAAGUAACCUAACCUAGUUUUGGGCUGAAGCGAGUGAAGCCUCUCUCUCUCUCUCUUCACUCACCAUUUCAUUCACUCACUCUCUCUCUCGAUUUCUUCGCCCAAAUUUGCAAUGGCCGCUUCUCUGACCUUGUCGAGGCUCACCCACUCUCUCUCUUCCACGGCCGUCACCGCAUCUCUCUUACAACCGAAAACCCUCUCAUCGAAAUUCUCCCUAACCUUCAUAAACAACCGCCGUCACCCCAAACCGCUCAGAUUCUCAUCAUCAUCCUCCUCCUCCUCCACCAUCUCCGCCACAAUCGGCGUCGGCGACAAGCUUCCGGAAUCCACCUUCUCCUACUUGGACUCCGCCGGCGAGGUGCAGACGACCACCGUGUCGGAGCUGACCAAGGGAAAGAAGGCGAUAUUGUUCGCUGUUCCUGGCGCGUUCACCCCCACGUGCUCGCAGAAGCACGUGCCUGGGUUCGUUUCGAAGUCAGCGGAGCUGAAGGCGAAAGGGGUGGACACAAUCGCGUGCAUUUCGGUGAACGACGCGUUCGUGAUGAAGGCAUGGAAGGAGGACCUGAAGGUGAACGACGAGGUGCUAUUGUUGUCUGACGGCAAUGGCACGUUCACCAGAGCCAUUGGGUGCGAGCUUGAUUUGAGUGAUAAGCCUGUUGGGUUGGGUGUUAGGUCGAGGCGUUACGCGCUCUUGGCUGAGGAUGGAGUUGUGAAGCUCUUCAAUUUGGAGGAAGGUGGUGCCUUCACCUUCAGCGGUGCUGAUGAUCUCCUCAAAGUUCUCUGAUUUGUUGUUGUAUUUCUUCUUCUUCCUCUCUCUCACCAUUACUUUUUCUCCAAACUCCACUUACUCCUUUUUUUAAAUCGGUUUAGGAAGCUUUGGCUUACUUAAUAAUGUUGAUGGAGCCUUAUGGUGGUGUUAUCUGUGCCAAUAAUAUCUUUGUGCUGGUGAAAAAAUGUGGUGAUUUGUUUGCAUGGUGAUUUAUAUUUUAUUUUCUUAGUUAAAAAAGGUAUAAACUUUUUUUUUGAGUUGGGGGUUAAUGGAACUGUGCUGAGCUACCCUAGUCUGCAUACAUUGCUGAGUGGUUGAUGGAAUAGCAUGUUGAUAAUUUGA